UGUUCAGGUAAGUCGUCUCGCCCGUGCCUUCGCCUCCAUCUGAGGUGCUGAUUACUGCGAGUACUUCGAUUGUUGACACUUAGAUUGUUAAGAGUUGGGAUGAUCUAUUAUGGCCCAGCAGUCCUCUCGUCUCCACCGCCUUCUCACUCUCUUGGACACUGGUUCAACCCAAGCGACGAGAUUUACGGCUGCUCAGCAGAUAGGGGACAUUGCCAAAGCGCAUCCUCAGGACUUGAGCUCUCUGUUGAAAAUGGUUUCACAAUAUCUUCAUAGCAAAAACUGGGAUACAAGGGUUGCUGCCGCUCAUGCUGUUGGGGCUAUUGCUGAGAAUGUGAAGCACACCUCUUUGAUUGAACUCUUUACUUGUAUUAAAUCGAAGAUGUCUGAUGCUGGGAUAUCUGGUGCUGUUGAAGAUAUGGUUGCUUUCCCUAUUUUUGAUUCGAACAUUGCUGGCACAUCAUUUAGAAGCUUCGAUCUCAGAAAGGUUUUGGAGUUUGGUGCUCUGUUUGCAUCUGGGGGACAGGAGUAUGAUGUUGCAAAUGAUCAUAUGAAGAACCCAAGGGAGAAAUUGGCUCGACAGAAACAAACACUUCGAUGUCGUUUAGGUUUGGAUAUAUGUGAGCAGUUCAUGGAUGUGAAUGAUAUGAUAAAAGAUGAAGACCUUAUUUCACACAACUCGCAUGGGAACGGGAUAUAUCCAAGAGCUUCUACAUCACAUAAUAUUCAGCAAUUAGUUGCAAAUAUGGUUCCUAGUGUCUUAUCAGAAAGGCCAAGUCCCAGGGAAUUGAAUCUUUUAAAACGAAAAGCAAAAAUCACUUCGAAAGACCAGUCAAAAGGUUGGUCUGAGGAUGGGGAUAUGGAGGUUCCAUAUGCUCAAAAUAUACCACCAAAGGGGGCAUGUCCUGACUCAUUUGGGACUAACAAGGAAAUUUUGGACUUCGAUAAUCAUGAAGAAAAAAUUGAACAUGAUGGAGAGGGGCGGUGGCCUUUUCAAAGCUUCGCUGAGCAACUAAUCCUAGAUAUGUUUGAUCAAGUUUGGGAAGUACGCCAUGGUAGUGUGAUGGCUUUGAGAGAAAUUUUAACCCAUCAAGGUGCUUCUGCUGGAGCAUUUAUUCCUGAUUUGAGCCUGGUGGGUGCAAUGAUUGGGGAGUUAGAAAAUAAAUGCACAUCAUCUACAAUGAAGAGAGACAGAGAGAUUGAUUUGAAUAUGCAAGUUCCCAUUGAUGAAUCUGAACCAGAACUGAAAAAGCUGAAGUUUGAAGAUGUUACAUCUCCAUUUGUGGAUACAAUGGUCUCUUCCAGCAAGUGUGGGGAUUUUGAUGUCAGUAUACAGGUAGAAGACAGUGGUUGUAAGUUGCCUUCUGCGCAGGUUAAUGGUCAACUUCAUUUCAGCUCUGUUAAGGUGGACCCAUGUGAGCAACUAGCUCAGACAACUGAGUUAAAGGGCCAGUCUCAUAACAAGGGGUCCUUUCAGAAAAUGGAUGUGCUGAAGAGGCUCUCUGAAAAUAGUGAUAUGAUGAACUUGGUUAAACUGGCUAGGCAUUCAUGGCUUAAAAAUUGCGAAUUCCUUCAAGAUUGUGCAAUUCGUUUCUUGUGUGUCUUGUCACUAGACCGUUUUGGAGAUUAUGUAUCUGAUCAGGUAGUUGCUCCAGUACGUGAAACCUGUGCUCAAGCAUUGGGUGUUGUGUUCAAAUACAUGCAUCCCGGUUUAGUUCAUGAAACAUUGAACAUCUUGCUGAAGAUGCAGUGUAGACCAGAAUGGGAAGUUCGUCAUGGAAGCCUAUUGGGUAUUAAGUAUCUAGUUGCCGUACGGCAGGAGAUGCUUCAUAAUUUUCUUGACCGGGUCCUGCCUGCAUGUAAAGCUGGCCUGGAGGACCCUGAUGAUGAUGUUCGAGCAGUAGCUGCAGAUGCUUUGAUACCUACCUCAGCUGCUAUUGUUGCUUUAAAGGGUGAAACUUUGCAUUCUAUAGUGAUGUUACUAUGGGAUAUAUUACUUGAUUUGGAUGAUUUAAGUCCAUCCACUAGCAGCGUAAUGAAUCUGUUGGCGGAAAUAUAUUCCCAGGAAGACAUGAUUCCUUGGAUUUUUGAGGAUUUGACACCGAAGGAGUUUGGUUUAAAUGAAUUUGGUAGCAUUGAUGAUACUGGAGAAGGAUUAAUUUUGCAUGAUAAUCCUUUCAUGUUAUCAACACUUGCACCACGGUUGUGGCCCUUUAUGAGGCAUAGUAUCACAUCAAUUCGUUAUUCAGCUAUCCGCACGUUGGAACGACUACUUGAAGCAGGAUACAAAAGGAGCAUCUCUGAGUCUUCGAGUACUUCAUUUUGGCCAUCUUUUAUUUUGGGUGAUACCCUUCGGAUUGUUUUUCAAAAUUUACUGCUUGAAUCAAAUGAUGAAAUUUUGAAACUUUCAGAGAGAGUUUGGAGGCUCCUUGUUCAGUGUCCAUUAGGUGACUUGGAAAUUGCUGCAAGGUUAUAUAUGUCCUCUUGGAUAGAACUUGCAACUACUUCGUAUGGUUCAGCAUUAGAUUCUACAAAAAUGUUUUGGCCUGUUGCUCUCCCACGAAAGAGUCAUUUUAAAGCAGCAGCUAAAAUGAGAGCUGUGAAGCUUGAAAAUGAGUCUUGUAGAAACAUUGGGUUGGAAUCUUCGAAGGGAUAUAUUCCAGAGGAAAAAGGUGGAGAUGCUUCAACCAAUAAUGUUCAGAUAGUUGUUGGUGCGGAUGGAAUGUCUGUGACUCAUACCCGAGUGGUUACUGCAGCAGCAUUGGGAGUUUUUGCUUCUAGAUUGCACGAAGGCUCAAUGCAGUAUGUAAUUGAUCCACUGACUGAUGCCUUUACCUCUUUAUCUGGUGUCCAGCGGCAGGUGGCAUCUAUGGUUCUUAUUUCUUGGUUCAAAGAGAUUAAAAGGGCAGGUGUGUUUGAAAAUGCUGGAGUUAUGCCAGGUUUUCUGAACCAUCUCAAAAAUUUGAUGUUGGAUUUCUUGGCAUGCCUUGAACCUGCAUUCCCUACAAACGAUCCACGUCUUCCUUAUGCCGAGCUUUCGAGAACGUAUUGUAAGAUGCGUUCUGAGGCUAGUCAGUUGUUAAAUGCUAUUCAAUCAUCGGGUAUGUUUCAAAGUUUGUUGUCUACUACCAAAAUUGACUUGGAAAAGUUGAACGUGGACAAUGCAAUUAAUUUUGCAUCGAAACUUCCAAUGUUGUGUAAUGAUAUUGGGGGGAACAAUUCUUUGGAAAGGCACAUUGUUGAUGAUAUAGAGUCAGCAAAACAACGACUUCUGACAACUUGUGGAUAUUUAAAAUGUGUUCAGAGCAAUCUACAUGUUACUGUCUCUUCUCUUGUUGCUGCUUCUGUUGUUUGGAUGUCAGAGCUUCCUGAACGACUAAAUCCCAUUAUUUUGCCUUUGAUGGCUUCUAUCAAAAGAGAACAGGAGGAAAUACUACAAGAGAAGGCAGCUGAGGCACUUGCAGAGCUUAUUUCUCACUGUAUUUCACGUAGCCGAAGCCCAAAUGAUAAGUUAAUUAAGAAUAUAUGUAAUUUAACAUGUAUGGAUCCUAGAGAAACACCUCAAGCUGCAGUCAUCUGUUCCAUAGAUAUUAUUGAUGACCAAGAUCUCCUAUCUUUUGGGACAAAUACUGGUAAGCAGAAAUCAAAGGUCAUUCUGGCUGGAAUCGAAGAUCGCUCAAAGGUUGAGGGAUUUAUUAGUAGACGAGGUUCUGAACUUGCCUUGAGGCAUCUUUGUAUGAAGUUUGGUGCUUCAUUAUUUGACGAGCUUCCAAAACUUUGGGAUUGCCUCACUGAAAUGCUUAAGCCUAGUAGUAUUCAGUCCCUUAAUCCUGCAGACGAAAAGAAAAUUACACAAACUCUGGAAUCUGUGAAGGAUCCCCAGACCUUGAUAAAUAAUAUCCAGGUAGUACGUUCUAUUGCUCCAAUGCUAAAUGAGGAUCUGAAACCAAAACUGCUCACCCUUCUUCCAUACAUAUUGAAGUGCGUUCGUCAUUCCCAUGUUGCUGUUAGAUUGGCUUCCUCUAGAUGCAUCACCACAAUGGCCAAGUCAAUGGAAAUGCAUGUGAUGGGAGCUGUAAUUGAAAAUGCCAUACCCAUGUUAGGGGAUACGACAUCUGUUGGUGCCAGACAAGGUGCAGGCAUGCUUAUUAGUUUGCUUGUCCAAGGAUUGGGUGUGGAGCUGGUUCCAUAUGCUCCUUUCUUAGUUGUCCCUCUUCUAAGGUGUAUGAGUGAUUGUGAUCAGUCUGUAAGACAGAGUGUGACUCACAGUUUUGCUGCUCUUGUACCUCUUCUUCCACUAGCACGGGGCCUCCCUCCACCUGUUGGACUAACUGAAGGUUUCUCCAGAAGUGUAGAAGAUGCAACAUUUCUGGAGCAACUACUUGACAAUUCCCAUAUUGAUGAUUACAAGCUUUGUACUGAACUGAAAGUGACACUGAGAAGGUAUCAACAGGAAGGCAUAAAUUGGUUAGCCUUUUUAAAACGUUUCAAGCUUCAUGGAAUCUUAUGUGAUGAUAUGGGUCUUGGUAAGACACUUCAAGCAUUGGCUAUUGUGGCUUCUGAUAUAGUCGAACAUCAAACUUCGAAUGGCGGCAAUCUUCCAUCAUCUUUAAUUAUCUGCCCAUCAACACUUGUUGGACAUUGGGCCUUUGAGAUAGAGAAGUACAUUGAUCUUUCCGUAAUAUCUACUCUCCAAUAUGUUGGUUCUGCUCAAGAGCGCAUUGCACUUCGAGAACAUUUUGGAAAGCAUAAUGCGAUAAUAACAUCAUAUGACGUGAUCCGCAAAGAUAUUGAUUAUCUUGGGAAGCUUAUCUGGAACUAUUGUAUCUUAGAUGAAGGACAUGUGAUCAAGAAUGCAAAGUCAAAAGUUACACUUUCAGUGAAGCAAUUGAAAGCCCAGCAUCGUUUGAUAUUGAGUGGAACACCAAUCCAGAAUAAUGUCAUGGAUUUAUGGUCCCUUUUUGACUUCCUAAUGCCCGGCUUUCUUGGAACAGAGAGGCAGUUCCAAGCCACUUUUGGGAAACCACUGGUGGCAGCCAGAGAUCCUAAGUGCUCUGCCAAGGAUGCUGAAGCAGGAGCACUUGCGAUGGAAGCAUUGCACAAGCAGGUCAUGCCUUUCCUCCUCCGUCGAACAAAAGAUGAAGUCUUGUCUGAUCUUCCUGAGAAAAUUAUUCAGGACAGGUUCUGUGACCUGAGCCCUGUACAAUUGAAAUUGUACGAACAGUUUUCUGGGUCACAUGUGAGACGAGAGAUCUCAAGUAUUGUAAAACAAAAUGAGACAGCAGAUACAGGAGGGCAUAGUGAAUCACCUAGAGCUUCAUCCCAUGUUUUUCAGGCACUUCAGUACUUGCUUAAACUUUGCAGUCACCCAUUGCUUGUUCUUGAAAAAAAGGUCCCAGAUUCAAUUGCAUGCCUUUUGUCAGAGCUACUACCGGGAGGCUCUGAUACAAUUUCAGAAUUGCACAAGCCAUACCACUCUCCCAAACUAGUUGCACUUCAGGAGAUUCUUGAAGAGUGUGGAAUAGGUGUUGAUGCUUCUAGUUCUGAAGGUGCCAUAAGUGUGGGGCAGCACAGAGUCUUGAUAUUUGCUCAACAUAAAGCAUUUCUGGACUUAAUAGAAAGAGACUUAUUUCAUACUCAUAUGAAGAGUGUAACCUACUUGCGGCUGGAUGGGUCAGUUGAACCUGAAAAACGUUUUGAUAUUGUCAAAGCUUUCAAUUCGGAUCCUACAAUCGAUGUCCUGCUACUCACAACCCAUGUUGGUGGGCUGGGCUUGAACCUGACAUCUGCAGACACACUCGUCUUCAUGGAGCAUGACUGGAACCCCAUGCGGGAUCAUCAGGCAAUGGACAGAGCACACAGAUUAGGUCAGAAAAAAGUUGUCAAUGUCCAUCGCCUUAUUAUGCGUGGCACUCUCGAAGAGAAAGUUAUGAGCUUGCAAAAGUUUAAGCUUUCAGUAGCUAAUGCAGUCAUUAAUGCUGAAAAUGCUAGUAUGAAAACCAUGAAUACAGACCAACUGCUUGAUCUAUUUGCUACUGCAGAAACGUCCAAAAAGGGAACUUCUAUAUUAAAGCAUCCCGAUGGAAAAUUUGAUGGAGAUAUGAAAUUAAUGGGCACUGGAAAGGGGUUGAAAGCAAUUCUUGGUGGGCUGGAGGAGUUGUGGGAUCAAUCACAGUACACCGAAGAAUACAAUCUCAGUAACUUCUUGGCAAAGCUUGAUGGUUGAUGCGAAGCCUUCCUCCUAGUACACAGUAUAUUUCUGCAGCAUGUCAGGACCCAAAUUUUGACAUUGUAACUCUAGCCGUACCCUUCCCUUUCGUUAGUUCUCCCAUAUCUUUAUGAUUUCAGGACUUGGGGACAAGAGUUGAAUGAGUAGUUCCAGGAGUGAAACCUGGCAUCAGGGUUAAUGAUGAUUGGUGACAGAUGACCAAGAAGUUUUGGAGGGAAAGAGAAUUGUAUAAUCCGUAUCGUGUAAAUACAAUCAGCCUCUUUUCUUAUUUAAGUUGGCCAUAACCAGGAA